AUGAAGCCAGUUUUAUUUGUUUUACUUGCAGCAUUGACAUUAGCGUCAGCUGAGGAUAGUUCGAGUAUAACGAAAGCUCCAGCUAGUACUACCACUGCUGAUAAUCCAUAUGCAACUUAUCCAACCGUGGCAAAGACCGCUUCUAUCAACGGAUUUGCUGACAAGAUUUAUGAUGACUUACCAGAAUGUGCUAAGCCAUGUAUGUUCCAAAACACUGGAGUCACACCAUGUCCAUACUGGGAUACCGGAUGUUUGUGUGUUAUGCCUCAGUUCGGUGGUUUAAUUGGUAGCUGUAUUGCUGAAAAUUGUAAGGGUAGCAAUGUUGUUCUGGCCACCAGUUUAGCUACAUCUAUAUGCUCUAGUGCAGGUGUCUGGGAACCAUACUGGAUGAUACCAGCCUCGAUUUCUAGUUCAUUAUCUGUUGCAGCUGCCGAUACCGCAGUUGCUGAAACAUCAUCAGAUCCAGAGCCAACUAGUGAAUCCUCUAGCACAGCUUUGGAAGAUGUGUCAUCUACUUCAUCUACUUCUAUUCCAGAGAAUACCUCGGAAACCUCCGAUGAGGCUAAUUCCGAAACUGCUAGCACCGAAAACCAAAGUACUUCUUUAGCUGCUGAAGCAAGCACUUCAAGUAUUACAGAUGACAAAUCAAGUAUAACUGAAGCUCCAAGUACCACUAGUACUGAUAAUCCAUAUGCAACUUAUCCAACCGUGGCAAAGACUGCUUCUAUCAACGGAUUUGCUGACAAGAUUUAUGAUGACUUACCAGAAUGUGCUAAGCCAUGUAUGUUCCAAAACACUGGAGUCACACCAUGUCCAUACUGGGAUACCGGAUGUUUGUGUGUUAUGCCUCAGUUCGGUGGUUUAAUUGGUAGCUGUAUUGCUGAAAAUUGUAAGGGUAGCAAUGUUGUUCUGGCCACCAGUUUAGCUACAUCUAUAUGCUCUAGUGCAGGUGUCUGGGAACCAUACUGGAUGAUACCAGCCUCGAUUUCUAGUUCAUUAUCUGUUGCAGCUGCCGAUACCGCAGUUGCUGAAACAUCAUCAGAUCCAGAGCCAACUAGUGAAUCCUCUAGCACAGCUUUGGAAGAUGUGUCAUCUACUUCAUCUACUUCUAUUCCAGAGAAUACCUCGGAAACCUCCGAUGAGGCUAAUUCCGAAACUGCUAGCACCGAAAACCAAAAUGACAAAUCAAGUAUAACUGAAGCUCCAAGUACCACUAGUACUGAUAAUCCAUAUGCAACUUAUCCAACCGUGGCAAAGACUGCUUCUAUCAACGGAUUUGCUGACAAGAUUUAUGAUGACUUACCAGAAUGUGCUAAGCCAUGUAUGUUCCAAAACACUGGAGUCACACCAUGUCCAUACUGGGAUACCGGAUGUUUGUGUGUUAUGCCUCAGUUCGGUGGUUUAAUUGGUAGCUGUAUUGCUGAAAAUUGUAAGGGUAGCAAUGUUGUUCUGGCCACCAGUUUAGCUACAUCUAUAUGCUCUAGUGCAGGUGUCUGGGAACCAUACUGGAUGAUACCAGCCUCGAUUUCUAGUUCAUUAUCUGUUGCAGCUGCCGAUACCGCAGUUGCUGAAACAUCAUCAGAUCCAGAGCCAACUACUAAUGAAGAAACUUCUGACCAAAGUGAACUGAGUACGACGAUUGUUGAUCCUACUUCUUCAAGUAUUGAAGAUGCAAACUCGAACAUAACUGAGGCUCCAAGUGCUACUAGUACUGAUAAUCCAUAUGCAACUUAUCCAACAGUAGAGAAGACUGCUUCUAUCAACGGAUUUGCUGACAAGAUUUAUGAUGACUUACCAGAAUGUGCUAAGCCAUGUAUGUUCCAAAACACUGGAGUCACACCAUGUCCAUACUGGGAUACCGGAUGUUUGUGUGUUAUGCCUCAGUUCGGUGGUUUAAUUGGUAGCUGUAUUGCUGAAAAUUGUAAGGGUAGCAAUGUUGUUCUGGCCACCAGUUUAGCUACAUCUAUAUGCUCUAGUGCAGGUGUCUGGGAACCAUACUGGAUGAUACCAGCCUCGAUUUCUAGUUCAUUAUCUGUUGCAGCUGCCGAUACCGCAGUUGCUGAAACAUCAUCAGAUCCAGAGCCAACAAGUGAGGCCUCUAGUACAACUUCGGAAGACAUUUCCUCCAGUGAAGCAAUUGUCACUUCCACUGCUGAUCCUGAACCAACAUCAUCCUUAAGUGGGAGUUCCUCUGUCGAAGAAAAUUCUUCUGAUGAUGUGACCUCUUUUAUUACUUCAUCUUCGGUCGAAUCAUCU